AUGCCUAUUGGUGUUCCAAAAGUUCCCUUUCGAAGUCCUGGAGAGGAAGAUGCAUCUUGGGUUGACGUAUA